GAGCUGAGGAGGCGGUGGAGGGGGCGGGUCGCGUCGGCGCCACGUCCGCAGCCAGAGGCCGCCGUCGCAAACCGUGUCUUCUGGCUCCACAGCCGGAGGAGGCGUCUCCGGAGCCCGCGACUGCCCGAGGCUGUGCCCACCGCUCAGGCCGCCUCGCCUUCCUCGGUGCUGCCCGCUCCUCCGCCCGGCCCCGGCGCCGGUCCCCGACCCAGCGGUGAUCAUGAAUCAGACAGAUAAAAAUCAAGAAAUCCCAUCAUACCUUAGUGAUGAGCCACCAGAAGGUUCAAUGAAAGAUCACCCACAGCAGCAACCAGGCAUGCUGUCCCGUGUGACUGGGGGUAUCUUCAGUGUUACAAAGGGAGCUGUUGGUGCCACCAUUGGUGGCGUGGCUUGGAUUGGUGGAAAGAGUCUGGAGGUGACCAAAACAGCUGUUACAACUGUGCCUUCCAUGGGAAUAGGGCUGGUGAAAGGGGGCGUGUCUGCUGUGGCUGGAGGUGUUACAGCUGUCGGGUCUGCUGUUGUAAACAAAGUGCCCUUAACAGGAAAGAAAAAAGACAAAUCUGACUAAAAUAUGGAGAUGCAUUUGUUCUCCACAGCAUUAUGAUGCCAGUGGCAUUGAAUUGCUAAAUUAUGGACUACAACCAAGUCACCUGUUUUGGACGUUUAUCUUCUAACUGCUGUGUUGAAAGUAUUGAUGACUGACUGACUGGCUUUUGUCUAAAAAGAAGAGACCAAUACUAGCACAGUGUAUGAAGGUUUCUCAUACUUAAAUUCCAGCUUUUUAUCUGGUAAAAUGUUACACUUAUUCAGUUGUAACUGAAGAUAUGGUGUAUUUGAAUAUUUACUAUAUAAGUCUUUCAGUUUAACUCAAAAUGUGAAAGUUGAAUUUAGUGGAUGAUCUUCACAGUUCCAUAUGUAUAAUGUGCCAGGUAACUCAUCUGCCCCUUAAGAAGGGAACCUUGAACUACAUAAACUGUACCUUUGAUGUGCCUAAUAGUUUCAGAUGUUUUAAUUAGUUUUUUUUAAAUAACCAUAGUUGAUUAGACCAAGAGGCAUUCUUUUAUUAUUUAAGAUGGUAAAAGUAGCAGGAACUAGAGAAGGUUAAAAGAUUCAUGGUUUUGUGAGUAUUAACCAUCUUGUAUUAGACAUGCAUUAUAUUAAUUUAAUCAUUGAUGCCUUACAAAAGAAAACAUCUUUUCUAAUACCCUGAAUAUGUGCGGUUCUUAGGAUUAUUAUUAUAUAUGGAUUCUUUCAAAAGUUGUUUGUGAAAUUAGUUUUCCCUCAAGAAUCUCAGGAUUAGUGGGGUAAAGGCAUUUCUUGCUCUCAGCAGAUAAGAUAGUGCUUGUUAACUGUUAGUAGUUAUACCAAAUUGUAUACUUCAACCUGGGUUCAUGCUCCAUCAUUAAUAAACCUUACAGUGCCUAAGGAACAUUUCUUUGCUGGUCAGAAGCUAUGUUAAAAGAGUUUCAUAUUAAGGAGGAACACAUAAAUCAUUUUAAGUUCCUAAGAAUUAUCUGAAGCAUCCAAGAUAUAAAAAGAAUUCUUCACACCUAUUUUGUCUCACGUGCUUACAUACUCAGUUGUGCCCAACUCUUUGUGACUCCAUGGACUGUAACCCAUCAAGUUCCUUUGUCGAUGGAAUUUUUCAGGCAAGAAUACUGGAGUGGGUUGUGAUUUCCUACUCACAUUGGGGAUCUUCCCAAUGCAGGGAUCAAACCCAUGUCUCCUGCUUGGCAGAUGGAUUCUUAACCACUUGUGCCACCUGGGAAGCCCCAUUUUGUCUCAUGGAUGGCUUAAAUUAUUAGCAGUACCCCUUUUAAAAAACACAGUAAAAGCAAUUAUGGAUAUAUGACUUAAAUUGAAUGGAAUGGGCUCCAUAGAUUAGUUCUGAAGGUUAAGGAUAUUGAUAAGUGCUAUCAGUGUUUGACAGGUUUUUUAAAUGUUAUCUUACAGUCCUUUAAAGCAGCAGUAGACUGUAUCAUUUUCCAAGUCAACUUCAGGCAGGGAAUUCAAUUUUUUGGUUACGGAUGAUAAGCGUGUCAUAUCUUAAUAACGUCUUAUCAUGUCUUGUUCAUUAUAAAAGAAUAUGACUUAGCUGGAAUUCAUCUUUGUUUCAUGUUCAGUUUCAUAA